AUGGGUAUCUGCUUUGUGGUUGAUAUGCCCCAGAUUGGCGUCCUUCAUGGCAUGGCACCAAGAAGAUAUGGUUGGAGUGUAAGCCAUGUAUUAGAUGCUACUUGCCUAUCCGAUGGAGCAUUCGUAAGCCUGAAGUUGCUGAACAAGUCACAAUACCCCUACAAGAUCGAAAUAGGGCAGCUCUUUUCGACAGAACCACUUGUAUCUGACCUUGCCAACCAUUGCGCACCGAUAGACGACGUGCUUAGUGUACCGGAUGAUCAGUAUCAGGCCGUUGUCGUCAUGCCAUUGUUACGGUCUUUCGACGAUCCACAGUUCGAUACCUAUGGCGAAGUAAUCGAUUUUUUCCGCCAAAUUUUCGUUGCAAGUUCUGACUGUAUGGGUCUGAAUAUUAUGAUGGAUGCAACGUCUCUAUUCAUUGACCCGUACCACCCUCAAGAUCUUGAAAUGAAACGUGACUACACAGGCCGGGCUAGAUAUUACACUCGUACUCAACACACGCCGAAAUACUUAUUUAUCGAUUUUGGUUUAUCGCGCCGCUAUGGUUCCAAUGAUGUUGCGCCUCUAGAAGAUGCCAUACAUGGGGGUGACAAAACCGUUCCCGAGUUCCAGAAGUCAAGCUAA